ACGAAAGGAAAAUUCAGAAAGGUAUUCAGAACGCUUGUCAGCCAUUGAUCUUUUUGUUCGAAAAAAUGCCGAUCGAGCUCGAACGAUGGCGCGGUCAGCGAUUGGCGAACGAUCCUUGGGAGGAAAAUGGCAAAAUGGUGUAGUCGUUAAACGGAGCCGGAACCCGUGCGGGCGGCGCGCGACAUGGCGGCCGGCGGCGGCGGCGAGUUCGUGGAGGGCUGGCUCGUGGCGCAGGUGCUGGGCGAGGGCGCCUACGGAGAGGUGCGGCUGCUGGUGAACAGCGGCAGCGGCGCCUGCGUGGCGCUGAAGACGGUCCGAGCCUCGCCCGACAGCGACGCUCUAACAGCUGCAGCUCGCGAGGCGGCGCUGCACCGCGCGCUGCGCCACCCGCACGUGCUGCGCUGUCUGGGAGCCCGUGCCGCACCUCCCCACCACUACAUGUUCCUCGAGUACGCGCAGGGAGGAGAGUUGUUCGACCGCAUUGAGCCAGACCGGGGUAUGUGCGCGACGCUGGCGCGCCGCUACUGGCGCCAGAUCCUCAGGGGGCUGAGCUACUUGCACUCCCGAGGGGUGGCACAUAGAGACCUCAAACCAGAAAACGUUUUGCUUGAUGACAGGGACCAGGUGAAGAUCUCCGACUUCGGUCUGGCGACGCUGUUCCGCCACGGGUCGCGCGAGCGGCUGCUGUCUCGCUUGUGCGGCACGCUGCCGUACGCCGCGCCCGAGGUGCUGCGGGCCGCGACCGCGCCCUACCGCGCGCCGCCCGCCGACCUGUGGGCCGCCGCCCUGGUGCUGCUGGCCAUGCUCGCCGGAGAGCUACCUUGGGAGCGCGCACACCCCUCGGACGCGCGCUUCUCAUGUUGGAGCUCCGGCGCUCGCGACGGCGGCGGCGGCGGAGGCCCGUGGCGGAAGCUGUCCGCCGGAGCGCGCGAGCUGCUGGCGUGUGCGUUGCACCUCGACGCCAAGAAACGCGCCACGCUCGACGACCUGCUCCACCAUGUCUGGAUGAGCGAACAUGACGAACUGCCCAAGAGGACCACUGACGCGCGCACGUGGUGCUCGCAGCCGGCGGCGAGAGCAUCGUCGGCCGCCCUCGACGAGACGGACUGCUCGGUCGCGCUGCUCGUGCACUCGCAGCCCACCGCGGCCCGGGACCUGCUGCUGUCGCAGGUGACGCAGGCCACGCAGGGCGGCGCCGGCGCCGGCGUGGUGGCGCGGCUCGUGCGGCGCAUGACGCGCGUGUGGGUGCGCGGGGACGAGCGGCGCGCGCUGGCCGCGCUCACGGCGGCGCUGGACGCGCGCGGCAUGGCGUGGCGGCGCCUGCACUCGCCGCACCUGCUGGCCGUGGAGUGCGGCGGCGACGUGCGCAUGCGCGCGUGGGCCGUGCGCGCGCGGCCGGCCGCCGGCGAGGAGCGCGACACGGGGCUGACGCUGCUGGAGUUCCGGCGCUCGCGCGGCUGCGGGCUCGCCUUCAAGCGCCGCUUCCUGGAGCUGCGCGCCGCGCUGGCCCCCCUCGCCGCGCUACCCCCCGCCGAGCCCGCCGCAGACCUGGUGGCGCCGCCGCUCGAGCUCACCCCCGCCCCGGUCGAGCCCAUGGACACCGACCGCUGACUGACCGACUGACUAGCCGCGUGCCAUCGAGGGACCGACGGAGACCUGAUUUCUAGUAUAAGUUUUAUAAAUUAAAUCUUCGUUUUUACUGUUUUAA